GUCUAUUAUCGGUUGGUCAUUGUCGGGAUCUUGUUGUGCGGGCUCGUUGUUGUUACUGUCGCUCUCAUCGUCGCCGCCCAUGUCGAUGAAUGAUGUCUGCUCAACUGGCAGUGAAUUGUCAAAAGGCAUCGGGCACCAGAUGAAUCUGUCGUCGGCAAAGGGCUCUACGGAGCCGUACAUUUCUUUGGGGAGCCAUACUGUCAGGCUGUCGCGUUUCGCCAUCUCGUCUGGUCUUCUCUCUCUGUUCCUUUCUAUAGCGAGUGUAGUAUAAGCGAGUGAAGUAUAAGCAAAUAAGCAAAACAGCGAGAGUAGAAGAAGUGAGGGACAGUCAGAGAAAAACCUGACAAAAAUGACGGGGUGUAUUUCCUCCAACUCAAGAGCCGGAAAAUGGGAAGAAAGUCAUCUAAGUACGGCCAGUCCAGUCACCUCUUUCAUCAUAUCCCCCAAUAUCAACCACCACCACCACCACCACCACCAACAACCAUCCCAAAAUCUUGGCACACAGCACCGAGCAGGAUUCAAAGAGCCUGGCCGCCAUCUCACCAGUCCCCAUGGGGGGGGCCAGGUAUCACUGCACAGCUCAAUGAAAUCAUGUAUGGGCCCGGGUUGUAUUCGCUUCCCAGGGCGUGGCGUGAGCCGCGGGUGCGCCCCCCGGAGCUCUGGCCAAGAAUCGACCGAGAUCUGCAAGAGCCGAUUGCUAAAAGGUGUGGAACCCGCCCAACGGUGCAAAGAAAAAACCCGGAUUUUUGGCAUCCAUCUCUUGAAGGGGUCCCGUCCCGUCCUCUGCUUGCCUGGCGCACCACAAGCAAAUAAGCACGCCGCUGAUGACAUCCUAACACCGCAUCGUUAUCGACUCGACCCCGUUUAUUUACCCCCCAUCGGCUUGGGUACCACUGCCGGGAAGGGGCAGCGUACUACGGAUGUAAACCUGUCGGAUGCUAAUUUUGGAAAACGGCUCAGGGAUCUUUGUGUCGUCGCUGAGAUCGGAGGCUGAACUACUCGAGUACUCUGCUGAUCAACUACUCUUCGCCCCGGUGUGAACCCUUCUGCUAGGUUAAUCAGAGACCUUUCUUCCUUCCACCUAUUGAAAGUCAGCCUCAAGAACAUAGAGUCAAAUCUCAUUCUUUGCGUCCCUUUUCUUGUGCGUACACUGAGGCACUCUAUGGAUGGGAGACGAGUUGUAGUCUGGAUGAGAGUGCGGAAUUUGCCUGAGUUCUCGUAGUGAUUCUGAGAAGAGGCGA